AUUUGGCGCGCAGCACCUCAUUCAGCUCGGUGAGCUCAGACAGCACGAUCUGUUCUCGUCUGGCGAUUCUUCAAUUAGCAUCAAGUCGUUGUUUCUUAUUCCUGUUUCAAUCGAGUCUUUAUGACUUACGAUGGUGUUGCUGUAAUACAAAAACUACGAGCAGUGUGCUUAAUUGAACAUAGGAGUUGGUCUGCAAGGUGGUGAAGUUUACUAUAGUGAUUAAAUGCUGUGACGGGAAACAUGAUAAGAAAGAAUUGUCGUACUGACCGAUGGUUGCGCAUAAGUGAAGAUUGAGGUGUCCGAUUUCAAGUUCAAAGCGUGUGAAUAUUGUGAACAUUAAUAGUGUAAGGCUGAGAAUUUCAGUCAGUCAGCUUCUUUAUCCGAUACUUCGUGUUCCAAUCCAGCACAAGAAUGACUAUCGCGAAGUGGAUGAGGCCAACGAUGAUCACUUUACUAGAGGAGAACCCCACAAAAUGAAGGAUUUUUUUUGUAAGAUACCACUGCUGUUACUGCUGGUAGUGACCGCCACCAAUCUAUGUCACAGCCGCGAGGAAGGGCUCUUUGAACCAGUGGAAGGUAUUUGCGAUCGAUGUUCCUGCGUUAUUAGUAACCAAACCAACACCCAGCAGCACGAUUAUUCUCUGCUGGAUUGUUCAACUAAAAACCUUCAACACAUGUUGGUUAGCUGGCCAGAUCCCUUCGAUGGUUUGAAAGCCGGACAGGAGAUUGUGUUUUCCCUCUCGGGAAAUAAUAUCAACGUACUGCGACAACUACCGGCCACCGAGGCAGAUUUGGUGUUCAGCUGCCGGCACUGCAAUUUAAGUGAGCUGCAUGGAGGAGUCUUUAUCGAUGCACCUAACGUGAUCCGACUGGACCUAAGCUGGAACCACUUAACUGGGGAAGAUCUUCGCCCGGACGUCUUCCGUGGUCGCUAUGCAGAGCAAGUGUAUGAAUCGAUAACUCUUGAUGAGUUGGAUCUGAGUUACAACAUAAUCGAGUAUCUGGACGAAUCGCUCUUCGAGCACAUGGUUUAUUUACGUAGGUUGUCGCUAGCUCACAAUCCAAUCGAGGAACUCACCGAAGGGACAGCGAUUGCCAUAGGAUCGAUACGUCAACUUGAGCAUCUUGAUCUCUCCUACACCGAGCUUGAGGACAUUCCUGGCAGGGUGUUCGAGAAAAUAAGCAAUCUGAGAGAGUUACUGAUUCAUGGAAAUCGUUUCACGACUGUUCCUGGGUCAGUGGCGCUACUGAAGCCAACUUUGAUAUCACUAUACAUCGGGGAAAAUCCAAUUCAGAUGCUAAAUGAUGAAAGUUUUUUCGAUCUUGAUAAACUGACGCAUUUGAACAUCAGCGGAAUGACUCAGUUGAAGGACAUCGACAUAGGAACUUUUAGUGGUUUGAAAUCGCUAGAAGUUUUGACUUGCAGCAAUAAUCCCAUGUUGAGCGAGUUUGAUUUGAGCGAUUUGAAGGGGUUAAUGCGACUGCGACAGUUGGACCUUUCCAAUUGCGGUCUACAGCACCUCAGCCUGGACGAAACAAUCCCGGAACAUGACGAUAGCUCCGACAUCGCCCACAUCGAAGUGUUCCCCAAGCUGCGCUCGGUCCGCCUGGAAAGCAAUCCAUGGCACUGUGAUUGUCAGUUGUACGAGUCGGUGGAGUCAAUUCGACACAUUCUGGAAAAUGAGUUCGACACGGCUAGUUCGACAGAGGCCCGCUGCGAGACUCCAGCUGAUUUGACAGCCCUUCCAAUAACGGAGCUGGCCGAGAAAUCCCUCUGCCGGGCACCACUGAAAAAAGUUCCUAAAAUACCGAUUUACGAACCACCGGCCUUUCUCCGGCCUCGCUCGAUUGUCCUUUCCAUUCUGUCGGUGGGAGUGGUACUGCUUAUCGGUGCCAUCAUCGGUUUCAUCAUCGUUUGCAUUAAACGAAAAUUGAAAAAUAGCGACUUUGGAUUUACCUCCCCUGUUAGAUACACAACAGUGCGAAACAGCACCACCUCGACGAUUAUGCAACAAGCUUGAUUUAUUUGGUUCUGCCAUGCAGCUUUUUCCAUCUAGUCUGAUUUUAGUACGUAAAUUAUUGUUAAGUUCAUAAAUAAAAAUAUAAUUUGUUUGAACCUUA